AUGUCCAACUAUACGUCCAUUCACUUCACUGCCUUUCUGCUGAUGGGUGUCCCAGGAUUAGAAGACUUCCAAGUUUGGAUUUCCAUUCCUUUUGGCUUCAUGUACCUCUUGGCUGUGAUAGGCAAUGGCCUGGUUAUGGCAGUGGUGGCCUGGGACAGAAACCUCCAUAAACCCAUGUAUUUCUUCCUGGCCAUCGCACUCAACGAUGUCCUACUUUGUACUGUCACGGUCCCCAAAAUGCUUCUCAUAUUCUGGCAAGGCCCUUCCCUGUCGACAUUCCCUGCCUGCCUCACACAGAUGUUUUUUGUUCAUGCUCUGUUCCUGUCUGAAUCUGCUAUUCUACUGGGCAUGGCCUUUGAUCGUUUUGUGGCUAUCUGUGCACCACUUCAUUACACUACCUUACUUACAGGCUCUCUCAUUGGCAAGGUGGGCCUGGCCCUGGUGGCUCGGAGUGUGGUUGUCGUCACUCCUGGUGUCCUGCUCAUUCUCCGGCUGCGCUUCUGCAGAAGUAAUAUCAUCCGCCACACCUACUGUGAGAACAUGGGCAUUGCCAAACUGGCCUGUAACAGCAUCACUCCUAACAGCAUCUAUGGGCUGACUGCUGCUCUUCUCACCACAGGGCUGGACUUUGUCCUCAUCUCCCUCUCCUACUGGCUAAUCUUAAGAACAGUCUUCCAACUACCUUCUAGGAAGGCCCAGACAAAGGCCUUACGAACCUGUGGAGCUCAUAUAUGUGUCAUCCUGGUGUUUUAUAUUCUGGCCUUCUUUUCCUUCUUUACCCACCGCUUUGGGCACCAUGUAUCUAGGCAAACCCUUAUCCUCCUGGCGAACCUCUACUUAUUGGUGCCACCUACCAUGAACCCCAUUGUUUAUGGGGUUAAGACCAAAGAGAUAAGAAUGCGAGUACUAGGGCUCUGUAGUCCACUGAAAUGA